GUGCUAAUCUAAGCUCAAUUUGUUUUCUUGUAAAUGGCUGUGUCGAAGGACAAGACGUUUUCAGUUUUAGUACUGACAGGGAAUUUCAUGAACGAUUUUAUGAGCAUCAUUGUAUUCGCUAUUCUUGACCUUAUUGAUUUCCUUCUUUGUUACGCGUAUAGAGUCGUGGACUUUACUUUUGAAGCGGGAUGGAAGCCAUGUUACUGCUCUUCAGCCGGAGAGGCCAGCAGCAAGAUAGUACUUGAACGUGGAGAGACGAAAACAAAUGUUUGCCUUUCGUCCUCCAAGUUUCAGCUAGAGGGAAUGUCGGAUACUCUCUACACUCGCUCAUCCUUAAUAUCAGAGGUAUCAAAAUUGACAAAUGUUAGCGGCCUUAAAACUGAGACCAAUUCUGUGAUACAACGUAUAGAUAAGUUCAUUAAAGGCCGAUUGAGAUCUCCCAGCUUCAACAUUAUUGAAAUGCUACAAGGUAAGAUUGGAGACCAACAAUCUCAUCAUGCUCCAAGAUGGUCGGAUUGUGAUUGCCAGACAUGCAAUGCGUGGUCCUUUUCUACGGGUGACACUCUCUUUCUCAAAGCGGAAGGAACAUUAGGUAAUGCAGAAGAAAAUGUGAUUUUUAUUCAUGGAUUUAUCUCAUCCUCUGCAUUCUGGACGGAAACUCUGUUUCCUAACUUUUCAAAAUCAGUGAAAUCGAGGUACAGGCUUUUUGCAUUCGAUCUGUUAGGCUUUGGAAAGAGCCCGAAGCCAAACGAUUCAUUUUACACCAUACGGGAGCAUUUAGAGAUGAUUGAGAGAUCAGUUCUUGAACACAACAAAGUUAAGUCUUUUCACAUAGUAGCACAUUCUUUGGGGUGCAUUCUAGCUCUUGCUCUCGCUGUAAAGUAUCCCGGCUCAGUCAAAUCCCUAACUCUAAUAGCACCCCCAUACUUUCAGGCACCAAAGGGAGAAAAAGCAACACAGUAUGUGAUGAGAAGGCUGGCGCCAAGGCGGGUUUGGCCAAUGAUAGCAUUUGGAGCGUCGGUUGCUUGCUGGUAUGAGCAUAUAGGCCGGACUAUUUGCCUUGUCCUGUGCAAGAACCAUAGAGUCUGGGAAUUUCUCAUCAAACUACUCACCAGAAACAGGAUGAGAACAUACUUGAUUGAAGGAUUCUGCUGUCAUACACAUAAUGCUGCGUGGCAUACGCUCCACAAUAUCAUCUGUGGAAGUGCUGGUAAAAUGGAAGCCUACUUGGAUGUCCUUGAAAAAAACAUGACAUGCAAUGUAAACAUAUUCCAUGGCAGAGACGACGAACUGAUCCCCCUUGAAUGUAGCUACAAUGUGCAAUCUAGGGUUCCUCGUUCACGUGUUGAGAUAAUAGAAAAUAAAGAUCAUUUAACCAUUGUUGUCGGAAGACAGAAAGCCUUUGCCAGAGAACUGGAGGAAAUAUGGAAUUCUUCAAGUAAUUUGUCUUCGUAGCUCAGCACAUUUUUGUUGAAUAUUGUCAUACAUGCACAUUGUAUUAAGAUUCUGGUUUGAUCAGAUAAGUACAUAAAAGAGGUACUGUCUUAGUUUGCGCAACAUAGCUAGCGUCACUUACACAGGAGAAGGCAUGGUUGUUUGACUUGUUUCAUUAAGUUGAACAAGGAUCUCCGUUGUUUUUUAGUUAAUUUGACUAUUGAAAAGUCAAACAAGACUAUUAUUUUGAGAUGGAUGGAGUACUUCAUUUGCUUGUCUCUCCGGAGUAAUUCUAAAUCGGUGUCCGUGUCGUCCUGGAAAUGUAUGGAUCCAGCUCCUUAUUACAAGUUCACUGCCAUUUAUGAAACCUGCCAUUGCUGGAAACUGAAAAUUGUUUGCGAUCUUCUUUCCCCAGUAACAAGAAAUGUCAAUGUGUAGAAUGCAAUCAUCACGAACCCAUCACCAUAUCGGCUAUAAAUUCGAUAUAAGAAAAUUCAGCUGGUACGGUGCAU